GACAAUGACUGCGUAGAGCAACCAGGAAGCGGCUGGGCUGGGAGUUGUUCCCGGUUCCCGCUGUGCUGUGGGGACUUCUUCACCGGGUCCCUGCGCCGAGGCCCCGCGCCCUUCGGGAGUCCUGCUCCGAAGUAGAACCCGGCUCUGGCCGGUCGUUCCCGAGCUGCCAUGUCUUCUGACUUCGAAGGGUACGAGCAGGACUUCUCAGUGCUCACUGCCGAGAUCACCAGCAAGAUUUCCAGGGUCCCUCGGCUCCCUCCCGAUGAGAAGAAGCAAAUGGUUGCCAACGUGGAGAAACAGCUUGAAGAGGCCAGAGAACUGCUUGAACAGAUGGAUUUGGAAGUUCGAGAAAUACCACCCCAAAGUCGAGGAAUGUACAGCAACAGAAUGAGAAGCUACAAGCAAGAAGUGGGGAAACUGGAAACAGAUUUUAAAAGGUCACGGAUCGCCUACAGUGACGAAGUACGGAAUGAGCUCCUAGGGGAUGCUGGGAAUUCCUCAGAGAGCCAGUUGAUAAAAUUACGUGAAGAGAGGGCACAUCUGCUGGAUAACACGGAGAGGCUGGAAAGGUCAUCUCGGAGACUAGAGGCUGGAUACCAGAUAGCAGUGGAGACCGAACAAAUCGGCCAAGAAAUGCUGGAAAACCUGAGUCAUGACAGAGAAAAGAUACAGCGGGCACGUGAACGACUCCGGGAAACAGAUGCAAACUUGGGGAAGAGCUCCCGGAUUCUGACGGGGAUGUUGAGAAGAAUCAUCCAAAACCGCAUCCUGCUCGUCAUCCUGGGGAUCAUCGUGGUCAUCAGCAUCCUGACGGCCAUCACUUUUUUUGUCAAAGGACACUGAUGCAUCUGCUCUCCCUUGAUAAACAGUGAUCUUGGCUUGUUCUGAGUAAUUAAGACAAAAUGGUCACAUGAAUCAUUCUUUCGUGCUGACAGGCCCCGAGUGACCCUCUGUCUCUCCCUUACCACUGUUGAGCUGAGUGCAGAGAGCGUAAAAGCAUUUUCUAUUCCUGUCUGCAUGUGGGUUGGUUUCCUUUCUGAGGUUGGUCUUUGCCCAGAUUUGUUGUUUUUUAUAGGUAAAGGUGAAUGCUUAUUUGCCUUUAGGUAACUUCAUAAGCUGUCCAAAAUAGCUUUGGUAACGUUCUUCCUUACCUUGUGGACAUGCCUGGGGUCAUGGUUUGAGAGAGGCCAUGGUGACUCAGUCACAGGAGCUCCUGUGUGUCACGUACCUCUCUUUACCAAACAGUCUUUUUACGCGGUCCAUGGAUUAAAUGCCAGAAAAAUCAAAGGCCAGAGCCAGUGAGCAGCUACUGGUCAGCCGCGCCCGUUCCCAGCAUCGUCAGUGCAGCACCCUGCCUCUGCGACUUUAUUACAAAGGAGCAGAUUUACUGUCACUCGUCCAGAGAAUUGAUUUAGCCCUUUCCCUGGUUUUUUAUUGCAUAUGUAUAUUUUGUAUAUACAUAUGUGUGUAUGUAUAUUUUGUAUACACAUAUGUGUGUAUGUAUAUUUUGCCCAAGAGGUGGUUUUUUUGUUUUGUUUUGUUUUGUUUUGUUUUGUUUUUCUGAAGCCGCUCAGUGCCCACUUUUCCCAACUUUGGUUACUGGCAACAAGAAAUAUUCCCUCACCUUCCCCAAAUGCCCCCGCCCCAGGAUUUGCUGGCAGCAUGAGCAUUGGCACAGCAUUUAAUUGUGACCACAUCUUCCCCGACCUGUUUCUGUAUCUUCUCAGUUUUAACAAGAGCUCAGUCAACAGCAGCCCUCGUAUAAGCAGGUCUGAGAAGGUUCUUGCUCAGCCCUUCCAGUAUGGAAAGACAGCAUGAGUCACUCGGAGAACCUGAGCAGGGCUCCUCCACCGCUGUGAAGUGUACAAUGUGGUGACACAAAUGGGCGGGUCCACUAGGAAAGAACAAACAAUCAAGCAAACAAACAGAAAACCACCAGCCUCUUUCAAAGAAUGAGGGAUCGUGACUACUACACAAGAACCACUUGCAUUUUCGAGGCAGCCGUGCAGCAAAGCCUGCCUCGGCUCUCCUCCAUGCAUGCAAACCCCCUCGGCUCUCCAUGCAUGCAAACCCCUAGCACAUUCCGUCAUCGUCUCCCAUUUCUUUCUGUCUGAGGUAACUGGGAAUUGUGUUCAAAAUUAGUUCAUUUGUGAUCAGGUUUAAAAGUUCCCAAGCUGAGGUCAUUUCCCCUCCAGUCAUGAAGCAAAUGUGUCCUUAAGACUCCGUAGGCCCUCGCAGGGCUGCAUGCACUGUCUCUUUAAUAUAAUUGGCAGCUUUGAACUCUUGAAAAGCCAACCUGCUCUCUUCAUAAAAAAUGCUAACCACCUGUGCUCAUGGAGUAAGAUCACGGUGCAGUUGAUCUCCCACCACACACACAGGCGCGUGGGGGCACGCAUACACACACACACACACACACACACUCUCAGAAGAGAACCAUUAUAGAGUAGAGAAGAAAUACAAAAUCCACCAGAGGACUUGUGCUAGUAGAAACAAGCAGGCCCUAUAUGUGUUCAGAUGAAUCAUUUAUUAUUGUGUAAAUAAAGGUGUAGUCUCUGUGUUGGAAGGAUGGCGUAGGGUUUGGGCUGAACAAAGUAGGACAGCAGAGGAUACAGGCUGGGAGCUGUGCUACCUUUCCUGUCAGCUAAAGGGACCAGCUCAGCAAGAACCUUUUAUCCUGAUAACUGAAUUCUGGACAUCCUAAAUGUAUCAAAGAAACCAUUAAAAAGCAAGGAGACAGCAUCAGUCUGCAAUGUUGAUGCUGGUGAAGGAGAUCAAGGCCUCUGGUGGCCUCCUUGGAAAUACUGGUUCUUAGUUAAGAAUAUACCUAAGUUCUGAGCUGUCUCUCCCACCUUCCUCUGUCCUCCCAAGUUACACCUUCCCAAGGCCACCUAACAGGCAGGCUGUAGCUCAGCACGGGCUCUUGCUGAUCCCUAAGGACUUCACCAACAUGCUGAAGCUGAUGAAAUGAGAAGUAAGGGAGGUGUCUGCCACUCACGUCUCUGCGGCUCUCUCUCUGCCGGGUGCUUUCUUGGCUAUCACCAGUGAUAUUGGCUCAGCUCAAUCGUAGGAGUGGAAAUCUGUGAACCUAUAAUGCUUGACCUAACAGCACAUCACAUUCCCUGGGAAUGAAGAACAUGGAUGAGCCCUGGGGCCGGGGCAAUACCCUCCCAUCUCCCUGCCCACCAAGGAAGGGAGAAAGCACUCAACUCUGAAGCAGGUGUCUAUGUGUGGAAGGUUCUAGGUUCCUGUUAUGUAGACUUCGGUUAUUGAAUAUUUGUGAAGUUGGGAGCCUUUGUUUAAAAGUGUGUGGGAGGUGGUGGGGGGGGACAAAAUGACAGCAUGGGGGAGGAGGAAGAGGAGGAAGCCCUCACCAUAUAAAAUUCAUGCAGACUAAACAGUUUCUCUGACGGUAUAAAUAAAGCGGAAGCAACCCUGCUCCAGAAUCAAAAGCAAUUUAAUUAAAGUCUCUUAAGUUGUAAAGAGUUUUAAAUGUUCCAUGUUGAGGGCGGAUGCCUGCAGAUACAGCGGGCCUGACGUCAGCGGGCAGGCCUGGGCUGCGAGGCCAUUUGCUAUUCUGUUUCAGGCAGGCUGGAUUGUCUUAUUUUGGAACCAGCUUGGUGGGGGGUUUGCUUUGCUACUGCUUCUGAGCCCUGAGCUUCAAAGGCUGAAAUUAAUGGCGAACAAAAUUGUGCGGCUCUGGCCGUCCCAUGCGGGGCGAGCCCGUUGAGGGUUAUCAUUAAGUAAAGAAAUAAAGAGGGGGAAAGCCUGCCUGCUCCAAAAACCUCAUCAGAUAAUGACCUCCGUGAUUGGGUUUUCAUUACCAAACAGCAUCCAGAGAUUACCAACUCAUGGAAGAAGGGAGGGAGAGAAAGGAAGCCACUGUCUUUCUUUCUCUCUCUCUCUCUCUCUCUCUCUCUCUCUCUCUCUCUCUCUCUCUCUCUCUCUUUUGCACAUCUUUUCUUUAAAACUGUCAGAUCAUUUCAGUAUUUCAAAUCCGAGGAAAACAGCCUGCCUGCUGCUGUAUUUGAAGUUGUAAUGGUGUCAAAAAGUCACGACUGACUGACAGCCGUCAGUCCCAGAGGGGCUCAUUAAAUCAUAAAAACUUGACAAGGAAAUAAUUGCGCAUGGCCAGCGACUUGGCGCCUGUUUAGACGCUUUUAUUGUCUUUCAUUAUCAGUCCCCGCCAUUGCGUUCAUUAACAAAUUGCAUUAAACAACUGUUAAGGGCUAA